UUUUGGUUCAACUCAGGAUAAACUACACCAGUUCGCUAUUCUGCCAGAGAGAACAAAUAUUGAAGCUCUUCAACAUGGCACGGUUCGCCAAUGAUCUCGAAAACACUGCCCUUCGGGCAGGGUCCUUCUUCUGCUACCUGAUGACCUGGAUCUCCUCCAUCAUUGUCGUUGGUAUCGUCGGCAACUUCCUGGAACGCUUCUCAAACCGCGGUGUUGAUAUCGUCUACAUCGAAGUCAUUGCUGUCAUAACAAUGGUGGUAUACCUCGUUGGAAUGCUCGCCCCAUGCCUGCCCAAGUAUGGAGGCCAUCUGGCCCCUCUGCAUCUCAUCUUCAGCUAUCUCUGGCUCACGGCCUUUAUCUUCACCGCUCAGAGAUGGAGCCAUCAUAGGUGCAGAGCUGGCAUCCCCGUGGGUGGACAAUGUGGCAAGAAGCACGCUGUUGAAGCAUUUACCUUUCUGGCCUUCUUCUUCAUUCUGUGCAAUCUCAUCGUCGAAGGCCUGCUCUUCAGGGCUCACCGCCGGACUUAUGUCAAUGAGCCCACUCACCAUACCAAGGAGCGACCGGCCUCUGGUGUUUCCGGCGUGUCUGGAGAUACCGGCACCACCGCACCGCCGCCGGCAGCCCCGGCAGCUCCGGCCGCGACGGCGCACCCUGCAGUCAACUCCGGCACUGCUGUCUAAGACAUUGACAGGCUUGAAAUCGGAGGAUGGAGGCGCCUCUAUAGUUGUGAUACCCAGUGCGUGAGAGGCACGAUUGUUUGGUUCUUUGUAGGAGAGAUACCAUGAAGACAGAGAUUGGCUGCUCAAGCUUGGAGCUUGGUAACCGCUUUGACGAGAGCACCUGGACCGUAGUAUCUCGUCAAGCUACUUCAACAACUAUUG